CAUCGAGGAACGUACCACACCUAGUCGUCACGUCACGCCGCUAGUUACACCAGCCGUUCAGUAGAAGCUCUCGUUGCUGCUGCGACUACCACAUCCCUGUCCGCCUGCACUCGUGAUACGCGAAAGCUUCCUGUCCUGUUGAUUGCCCACUGGCCCACUGACCCACUGGGCGUUGCUGCGCGCGCGCCGAUAAGUGGGUGCAACUCGGCACGACGACAAACUCCCCGGUAGUCGAUCCGCACGUUCCACCCGACGCGUGCGGAGCGAUUCUUCAAUCCCCCGCCGCUUCCGCUUGUUGCUGCCGCCUCCUCAGCUGCCCGCGCCUCUUACUUGGCGGGCCGAGCUUCGGGACUUUGAGACCCGGCUUCCGUCGGAAUCCCCGGUUUCACCCACACCCAGCACCUCUUGUGAAACCCAGAAGCAGAUUUUUUGUCAGAACCCUGAGCCCAGAACCUGGAAACUGUCACCGCGUGGGCCGGGCGGCAUGGGCAAGAGGGACGUGCGCGCGGGCAAUAGCCCGGCGGAGAGGGAGGCGAGGAGGCGGGCGGCGAGGGAGAUGGCGCAGCAGCUCCCCAUCGCUGCAGUGGAGCAGCAGCUGGUGGACGAGGUGCGCGCGGCCGACACGCUUGUGGUGGUGGGCGAGACGGGCAGCGGCAAGACCACCCAGCUCCCCCAGUUCCUGCUGUCCUCCGGCCUGCUCGCCCCCCACCAGGCCAUAGCCGUCACGCAGCCUCGCCGCGUGGCAGCGGUGACGGUGGCGGCGCGCGUGGCGGAGGAGAGGGGGGUGGGCGUGGGGGGGGAGGUGGGGUACUGCGUGCGCUUUGAGGACGUGACCUCGGCCAAGACCAGGAUCAAAUACCUCACGGAUGGCAUGCUGCUCAGGGAGGCUCUGCUAGACCCCUUGUUGAGCCGCUAUGGAGUGGUUGUAGUGGACGAGGCGCACGAGCGCACGGUGAACACAGACGUGCUGCUGGGGCUGCUGCAGCAGGUGCAGGCCAGGCGAAAGGCGGCCACCAGGGGGGAGGCCGGAGCAGGGAGCGGCGGGCACGGGCGGAACGGGCACGUGGUGGGCGGUGGGAGGGAGGUGGUGGAUGAGGAGGGGCGGAAGGGGAAGAAGAGACGGCGAGGAGGGCACAGGGAGGGCCAGGCGGAUGGAGAGCACGAAGAGGGGAAAGGAGAGGCUGGUGCGGGCGCAGGGGGAGGCGCAGAUGGAAGCAGCAGCACAGGCGAGGGCGAGCUGAAGCUGGUGGUGAUGUCGGCCACCCUGGAGUCGCGCAAGUUCCUCGACUUCUUCCCCGGCGCCCGCGCCGCGUACAUUCGUGGGCGGCAGCAUCCCGUGGACAUCUUCUACACACCCGAGCCGGAGCCCGACUUCCUGGACGCGGCUCUCGUGACGGUGCUGCAGAUCCACGUGGACCACCCCGUAGGGGGCGACGAUUCUGGGGAACGGGGCGACGAGGAGCACGUGGGGGAGGAUAGCGGAGAGGGCAGGGGAGGUGGCAGUGCGGGCGACAUUCUGGUGUUCCUCACGGGGCAGGAGGACAUCGAGUCCAUGGCUCGCUUGCUGCAGGAACGUGCCGCGAAGCUUCCUCCAGGGACCCCACCACUGGCCAUCACGCCCAUCUAUGCGGCGCUGCCCGCAGAGCAGCAGAUGAAAGUGUUCCGCCGUGCGCCUGCCGGGUGCAGAAAGGUGGUUUUAGCCACCAACAUAGCGGAGACGUCGGUGACCAUCCCGGGCAUUCGCUUCGUGGUGGACGCGGGCGUGGUGAAGGCGCGCGCCUUCAACUCCAGGACGGGCGUCGACUCGCUCGUCGUCGUGCCCGUGUCCAAGGCACAGGCCAGGCAGCGGAGUGGCCGUGCAGGGCGCGAAGCCCCCGGCAAGUGCUACCGGCUGUACACGGAGGACACCUUCCAGGCGCUGCCCGAGUCGUCCGUGCCGGAGAUGCUGCGCUGCAACCUGGCGUCCGUGGUGCUGCAGCUGGUGGCGCUGGGAGUGAAGGAUCUGCUCGCCUUUCCCUUCAUGGAUCCUCCCCCUCAGGCGUCCAUCCUGCGUGCGCUGGAGCACCUCUUCUCCCUCGGAGCGCUCUCACCCGAGGGGCGCCUCUCACCGCAGGGAGAGCACAUGGCGCGAUUCCCCCUCGACCCCGUCUAUGCCAAGGCCAUCCUGGAGGCGUACCGCCUGGGGUCGCCAGCGGUGGCGGACGACAUGGUGGCGGCGGUGGCCAUGCUGUCAGUGGAGUCUGCCUUCCACACGCCCUCGCACGCCGCUGCUGAGGCUCAUGCUGCCCGGAAAAGAUUUUUCUGCCCGGACGGUGACCAUCUCACGUUGGUGAACGUUUUGCGGGGCUGCCUGGCAGCGGGCAGUGAAAACGCUGAGGCUGCUGACUUGGCACGGGGUGGGGGCAAUGAGGGGGGAAGUGCUGGAGGUCAAGAUUUUGGGCAGCAGGUGAAGUCGCGGGAGGGGCGAGUGCGAGCGUGGUGUAAAGCACACUUCCUCAAUGGGCGAUCGCUGAAGAAGGCAACAGACGUGUACAGGCAACUGCAGGCGUACUGCCAUGGCCUCUCCCUGCCCCUCGCCUCCCGCUCGCCGCUACCACCAUCAUCAACACCACCAGCAACAGGCGCAGCAGUAGCAGCUGCCCGGCAGAGGGACGACUCUGUUGCGUUUCGCCGGGCGCUGACAGCCGCUUUCUUUUCCAAUGCUGCCAAGAAGCAGCCUGACGGCACGUACAGGGCCCUAGCGAGCGGGCAGGUGGUGGCGAUUCACCCGUCCUCGGUGCUCUUUAGUGGCUCCGCCACCACCAGCAGCACCAUCGGCGGCAGCAGAGGGGGUGGCGGCAGCAACCGCAGCGAGGGCAGCAAGGGCGGGGGCGAGCAGCAGGUGGUGGCGUCGCGGGCGCACCUGCCGGACUGCAUAGUGUUCAAUGAGAUGGUUCGCACGAACAGGCUGUAUGCCCGUGACGUGACUCGCAUUGAUGUGCUGUGGUUGCCAGAGCUGGCACCACAGUUUUAUAAGACCCAUGUUUAUUGAAAGGCGGUUGCUUUUAUUCAAUCGCAUGCAGGGCCUCAGAUUGGUUUUGAGGUACCCUGAUUGCUCAGGGUUCCCCCCCCCAUAUUUAGCCUGAUUUUUCAGGGCUCCCCAAAAAAAACCGCUGAGUAAUCAGGGUUACUUCAGAAUAUCACGUAGAUUUUACGAAAUUGGGAGAUGGGCGGAACAGAACUCGGGUGUCAAAUGUAACUUAGGUCGUUACUGUAGACUAUAUUGGAUUGUGCCUUAGAGGGUACAACACCCUAGUCUAUAUAUCCUUG